CAUCAUCUUUGUACCAAACCGACCAGUGAACAUGAGCGGAAGAGGAAAGGGAGGAAAGGGACUCGGCAAAGGAGGCGCCAAGCGUCACCGUAAAGUCCUCCGUGACAACAUCCAGGGCAUCACCAAGCCCGCUAUCCGCCGUCUGGCCCGCCGCGGCGGAGUGAAGCGCAUCUCCGGUCUGAUCUACGAGGAGACCCGCGGUGUGCUGAAGGUCUUCCUGGAGAACGUGAUCCGCGACGCCGUCACCUACACCGAGCACGCCAAGAGGAAGACGGUGACCGCCAUGGAUGUGGUCUACGCCCUCAAGAGACAGGGACGCACCCUGUACGGCUUCGGGGGAUAAAGGCCGACUGCUGUUAUAAACCAAACGGUCCUUUUAAGGGCCACCCACGUUCUCUAUAAACAGCUGACUUCCUUGUAAAUAACCAGUGAUCAGAACGCUAAGAUCUAAUUGUUAUGUGUCCAUAUUAAUACUAAAGUCCGUCACGAUCCAGCCUCAAUGAUGAUAGCAGGUCAGAUAACCAAUAGACCAUUUUUAUGAAACCAGAAACUGAAAUGCCAACAUUCAAUCAUGAUGGCAGCGGUGCCCACAAGCUACUCCUCAACUGACCAAGUGAUGGCGAUCUGCUCCUCUGAGGACCACCUUGCCCUCUGAACUCUACCAGCUGCACCUCGAUGUCAUAAUCCUCACUGCCGUGUAAAAUAAAGCAAUCGACGGAGGCCGUAUGUGAGACUUCUCUAUCGCCGUGUGUUGUGCUUAUUGUACAAAAGAGGUGAUGGAGGAAUAAAAGACAUCAGAG